UCGCCUGCGGUCAAUCAAGCGAUGUGAACUUUUUCCCGAGAUCGCUCGACAUCAAAGGCGACGCCAUCAGCCUCGAAUACCAAGUCACGCACAUUCGAAGGCCAGUCAAGAUGUCUUCCCGAUUUUUCCACGGCGGAGAUUCCGACAGCGAGAGCAGUUCCUCCGAAGAGGAAGAGCUCUACGGACAGCGAGCAGAAGUGUCUGAGGAGGAAUCCGAAGAAGAAUCCGAAGAGGAGGAAGAAGACUCUGACGAUGAUUCCUCUGAAGAAGAAGGGACCGGCACUGGUGCCAGCCGCUUCUUGAAACCUUCAGGGCCUGGUGGCGACGACUCCGAUGAAAGCGAUGAGGAAGACCGCGAACGAGUUGUCAAGAGUGCGAAAGACAAGCGGCUUGAGGAAGUGGAGGGAACCAUCAAAGCCAUUGAAAAUGCUCAAAAGAUCAACGAUUGGGCUGUCAUCUCCACAGAAUUCGACAAGAUGAACCGGCAAGUGCUUAAAGUCACUCAACAGGGGGCGACACCAAAGAUCUACAUCAAGAUGGUCGCCGACCUCGAAGACCUGAUCAACGAGACCAAUGAUAAGCAAAAGUCCGGGGGCAAGAAAAUGAAUCCAAUCAAUGCUAAAGGAUUCAAUGCGAUGAAGCAGAAGAUCAAGAAGAACAACAAGGACUAUGUCACCGAGAUCGAUAAGUACCGAGCAGACAAGGAUGCUUUUAUGGAGUCCGAAGAUGAAGAAACCCCGGAAGUGGAACAGAAGACUCGCAAAAACAAGGUCCAAAGACUCGACGCCCUCGAAGCCUCCAUCGAUGAAGAAGGUUUCGCAACGGUUGGCAGAGGCGGAAAAGCUCUUGUGUAUACGCCAGAGAGUAUUCUCAAGCACCUGCGUUCUAUCAUCGAGUCCCGAGGCAAGAAGAACACAGACCGGUCAGAACAAAUCCGCGUUAUGGAGAGGCUUUUGGAAGUCGCCAAUACACCAUAUCAACGGAUACGGGUACUUUUGACGAUCAUUUCAACUAGAUUCGAUGUCACUACGACUUCAGUACAGGCAUACAUGUCGCAGGAGUCGUGGCGCGCGGCCGAGCGAGAGUUUUCUUCGUUGCUGCAAACACUUGAAGACGAGCCUCAAUACAUCGUAACUGAGGUUGCUGAGGAAUGGGAUGAUGACGAAAAGCAACCUAACCCUGCAGCUUCCGAAACAUUCAAGAUUCCAGGCAGCAUUGUGUCUCUCCUCGAGCGGCUGGACGACGAAUUGACCCGCUCGCUGCAGCAAACAGACCCUCACACUGCCGAAUAUAUCGAAAGACUCGGUGAUGAACAGGCCCUGUAUACCGACAUUGUACGCACGUCGAUCUACGUUGAGACUACCAACAAGAAGUUGGAGAAGGCCGAGGCGCUGCAGGAGAAUAUUAACAGAACUGCUAUCAGACGGCUAGAACACAUUUAUUUCAAGCCGACGCAGGUUGUGAAGAUUCUGGAGGAGAGGACGUGGGUCGCCCUACCCUCAAAUUUGAACUCGGGACUCACACCCCGUGGCCAAAUUACCGAAGUCGCCUCACUUGUGCAGACUUUGUGCAAUCACCUAUUCGAAAACAGUGAAGGCAUCAUCAGAGCGCGGGCCAUGCUUUGCGAGAUCUACUUCCUGGCAUUGCAGGACAACUAUUACCGAGCUCGGGACCUUGCCCUCAUGAGUCAUCUGACAGAGAACAUUUCAUCGUUCGAUGUCAGCACACAAAUCCUUUUCAACCGAACACUUGUCCAAAUCGGUCUUUGCGCGUUCAGAGCUGGACUCUGCUACGAGGCUCAAGGUGUCUUGCAGGAGAUCUGCGGAUCAGGUCGGCAAAAAGAACUCCUCGCACAGGGCGUUAUCAUGCAGAGAUAUUCCACCGUUACCCCAGAGCAAGAGCGACUGGAGCGACAACGACAACUGCCUUUCCACAUGCACAUCAACCUCGAAUUGUUGGAGUGCGUCUACCUUACCUGCAGCAUGCUCCUUGAAAUCCCACUUCUGGCUCAGACCGGCUCGUCUCCUGACGUCCGCAAGAGAGUCAUUUCAAAGACCUUCCGCCGCAUGCUCGAGUACACCGAGCGACAGGUCUUCCAAGGUCCCCCGGAGAACACCCGCGACCACGUUAUGCAAGCGGCCAAGGCACUCGCCCAGGGCGAUUGGAAGAAAUGCCAAGAGCUGAUUAGCAAGAUUGCCAUCUGGGAUCUCCUCGGAAACGACAAGGACAAGACCAAGGCGAUGCUCGCAGAGCAGAUCCAAGAGGAGGGUCUGCGCACCUAUCUCUUCACCUACGCCCCUUACUACGACACGCUGUCACUCACCACUCUUUCGAGUAUGUUCGAACUCGACGCCAAGAAGAUUUCGGCCGUCGUCUCGAAGAUGAUCUCGCACGAAGAACUGGCUGCUGCUCUUGACCAGGUCAAAGAUGCUAUCGUCUUCCGGAAGGGUGUCGAACUCUCUCGCCUACAAAGCCAGGCUAUCACACUCUCAGAGAAGGCCAUGGGCAUUCUCGAAUCGAAUGAAAAGGUGCUGGAGACGAGAACUGCCGGUAUGGCGAACGCGUUCCAGCGCGACCAAGGAAACCGCCGGGGUGGUCGCGGCGGCCGUGCCAACUUCCAGAGCUUUCCUCGGGGUGGUGGGCAAGGCGGUGGCAGAAGACCCCAGGGCGGUCAGCAAUUCGGUGGUGGUGCACUCGGAGGAGCUAUCAAGGCGUAAACUUUCUUUAUGUUGAAGAGGGAAUGCAUACCACUACUAGUGUUACUAGAGAUUUCUGUUAUGGCGCGCGUCACUUGACUGGGCAUAUCCGGUUAGCCAUCACUCCCAGAUAGCGCAUUUGUCGUUGUAUGUGAUGAAUGAAGAACAGCACCCGACUACUUCAUCCGCUGUCGUAGGCAGCAACAAGACUCGACCGAGACAAUGAAAAUAAUGCUUGUUAUGCACCAGACUCGUUUAU